AUGAGCGACGACGAGUACCCCAACUUCGGCAGUGCCUGGACCUCGACCUCUGCCGCGGCACCACCCCCGUCCGACUCGGCAUCAUGGAAUCCUGCUUUCAGACCCAACUCGGAUCGCGGUCAUGCGAGGAACACGUCGACCGCAUCAAACGAUGACUUCUUCGACCGAUAUCCAGGCCCAACGCCAGAAAAGGCUCGGCGACAACCGCAAGACACGUUGGAAGAGCAGGACGAGGAUGAGGCAUCGCCUAGUCGCAGACAAAGCAGUAUUUCUGUGAGCUAUGCGAUCGAGCAGCGCUUCGAGGCCGCGCCUCCAGACAACGUGAUGCGCAUACCCGCUACAGAAUCCGACGCCGAGGGCCCCGUGAGCAGGCGCGACUCUAGUACCGUCACUGACUUGGAUGUCCCACGGAUAGGCGACAUCGAGGGCGACGAUGAGAACCCCAUAUUUGAGCCAGAUGAGUCUGCGCACGAGCAGAGCGAGCAUCUGGCGGCGCACAUGCCUGAGCCUUUCUUCAUAGGAACUCCGGGAAUGGCAACUCCUUUGGUAACGGAUGACGAUUUCACGAAAGAGCUGGGCACUAUACGGCCGGGAUCCGGCUACGAGCAUCAGGGUGAGACGUUGGACAUGGAGGACGCUGUGGAUGAGGCUCCCAGUGCCCCAUUGUUGGAGGAUCCCGAGGAGCAGCCGACUUUGGAGCCUUUGCAACGGGAAACCACUAUGCGGGCUGUAAACGAAGAGUCAGUUCUGGAGGACUUUGACGGAGCUUCUGCUCCUGGACAGCCUAUGUCAAAAGCCAGAGCUCAGCUGGGACAUAUCGACCGAAGUUUCACUACCAAUUUCACGGAACUGCAGACGCCAGUGGAUAAUACUACGAUAGAGGAGCCGAUAUCACAAGCUUCUAUCUCGGACGAAUGGCCCUCUGCUGGAGAUGACAGGACGUUUGGGGAGCUUCUCGGCGACGAGAACGUUCCCGUGUCGAAGACGGAAGACCAAGCUGCCGAGGUGCCUCAUACCACAGCAGCCGCAGAUGACGGCUGGGGAUCCACUGCCGAAGAUGAUACUUUCGGCGAGUUGCUAGGACAGCCGAAGGCGGCCGCAGAGGAGGCUGCUACGUCGGUGCCAGUUCAAGAACCUGAGCAAUUGCCAACUCUAGAUGCGCCAGUGACCGUCCCCGAGGACAAGCAGGAAGAAGACCUGGCAGCUAUGUGGCAAGCAGCUCUCGAUGAUGAUGAUAUGUUGGAGGAAACGAACGACAUGGACCCAUCAGCUUUCUUCGACGAUGAUGACCCUGGAUUCCUUGAAGAUGAGUUGGACGUCAAUGCUGCUCCUGCACCAGCACCUAUCGCACAUACGCCGGCCCAACCACAGCGAACAGCGAGUUCAUACGUACCGCAGGCGGCACAACAACCAACGCCGCAGGCGUCUCGAGGCAACUCGUAUACAUCGUCAAUUGGCCAAGGCCAUGGCAGAUCAGCUGGCACACCGUCCACAGGGCUCUACGAUGUGUACGGACAUGGCACUCCGGCCCAGCAGCAGACUCCACCGCAACGACCAAGCGCCCAGACGUCUCAAAGUUUUGUAGACAAGGCCAAAGGCGGUUACCAGUCACCGUACGAUCUUCCAAUGGAUGUCGUGAAGCAGCCCAGACAACGGCCGCGACAGCCCCAACCCACACCUCAAGCAGUACCGACACCGCCGAUGAGGAGCAGUAGCAUGUCCUCCCAAAUAGGCCAGCCUCCUUCAGGACCGCCAACCGUUCCUACUACUGGUCUCACCCCUCCAAACUCCAGUUCAGGUUCUGUUCCACCGCCGCCUCCUCCUACUGCUGCCAACGGUACUCCGGCCGCCAAGCCAACUCCGAGGACACAAAGUGGCUUCUUCGAAGACCUCCCAGUUGCACCUAAAGUUCGAUCUCGUCCAUCGGGGGCUUACACACCCCAGUUGCAACCAUCUCCUGCUCUGCCAGCCCAAAUGCCCCCGCAGCAUCCAUCUCGGCCGCCUGCAGCACCGCCUGCACUACCUAAUCAGAGACCCGCCGCUCCACCAACGCCAGCGCAGCAGCCCAUGUAUGGAGGUUUGACGCAGCCCGACAAGACACCUCUGUUCCCCGAGCAAGUAACAGCUCCACCGCAGCCACAGCCGCCAGCGCCAUCACAGAACCAACGUUAUUCUCCUAGCAGCUUGCCAGCGCCAGCACAGACACAAAGUAGAUUCUCCCCCGCUCCUCCCACUGCCCCCCAGGCGCCCGCGGCAGCAGCAGCACGUUAUUCUCCAGCGCCCGGAGCGCAAGCAGCGCCGUCCAAAAAGUAUGGACCAGCCCCAGCACCUGCAGCAGCGGCUCCGCCUCCAGGAGUGCAGAAUGCCAACCCAUUUGCGCCCCGGACAAGUAGCCCACUCGCUUUCCAACACGACAAGCCGCAGCCCGCUCUUCCCAAUGACAUGCCGCGAAGCAUGCACCAAAUGCCAGCGUCGCCACCAAAAACAAACAGCACGUCUGGCACAAUGUCGCCAGAGCGGUCAGCCAGUCUCAGCUACUCACCAAUAGACUCGCGGCCUCCCGCAGUCUCCAGCUUGACGAGCCCUCCUCCGCGACCGAAGACCCAGUCACCACCCAGUGUCAUGAAGAUGCCACGAUAUGCUUCUGUGCAGUCUGUACCUCGGCCAUCUUCAGCUGCAGGAUCAGGGGCUCCAACUUCUCAGCCAACGUUCUUACCUCACCGUCGGCAGUUCUCGAGAGAGUUCACGUACGCUACACCUCAAGACGAACGGGCGCAAGAUCCGCUGGAGCGAUGGAAAGGCCAUCCCAUAUUCAAGUGGGGAGAGUCUGGAGGCAUUUUGAGUAGCUUCCCGAAGCAGACGCCAUUCUACGCCUCCGGAAACGGCAUUCCCAACAUCAAGUGCACUCCAGGUGCCGUCAGUGUUCAGCUAGCGACAAAUUUCAUGCCCAUGGACGACCGCAAUGCCAAAUUCCCAGGCCCUCUAACUGCGCGCGCAAAGGGGAGGAAAAAGGACGUGCUUUCAUGGAUGUCUGGAAAGAUUGAAGAUCUCGAGCACCAGAACGACAGCGUCAGGAUGGACUUCAACAUGGACCCCGACCUCAAAAAACGCACCGAAGAGAAGGUCGUUUUGUGGAAGCUUGUCAAACUCUUCGUGGAACAUGAUGCACACAUCGACGGAAGCAAACAAAUCGAGGACGAGGUUCGCGCUGUCUUGCUUCCAAACUUGGCUCAAAUGAGCCAGGUCAUGGAGCUUCAAAGUCCAGCGUCUGGAAAGCCUGAUCUUCAAGCAGACGCUAUUGAUCGAACUGCCAUCUUGCAGCUGCGCCAGGCUCUGCUUGAAGGACAACGGGAACGAGCUGUGUGGCUUGCCGAGGAGAAGAAACUUUGGGGACAUGCUAUGCUGAUUGCAUCCACAAUGGGACCUGAGACCUGGAAGCAGAUCAUUCAAUCGUUUGUCCGAUCACAGGUGAAGACGGUUGGCGGAGACGCUAGAAGCUUGGCUGCCUUGUAUCAAGUCUUUGCAGGGAACUCGGACGAAUGCGUUGACGAGCUUGUACCACCAUCCGCUCGCGCUGGCUUUCAAAUGGUGUCGAAGUCGGACAGAUCCGCCUCUGGCAACCCACUUGAAGGACUGGACCAAUGGCGCGAGACCUUGGGCCUGGUAGCAGGCAACCGAACUCCGUCUGAUGGCCAGUCACUGUUAGCAUUGGGAAAGCUUUUGGGUGGAUAUGGGAGAGCAGAGGCUGCACAUUCUUGCUACCUUUUCACCCGUCAGCUUGCUAAGCACGACGGUGCCGACAACCCUGAGACCAACUUUGUGCUUCUUGGUGCCUAUCACCAAAGCCAGAACGAGAGCCUUGCCAAUGACGUGGACGCGAUUCUCCUGACCGAAAUCUACGAAUGGGCAAUUUCUCUAUCGGCGCCAAGCACUGCAGUCCACUACAUUCCCCAUCUGCAAUCGUACAAGCUCAUCCACGCUCAGGAGCUUGCUGCUUUUGGAUUGAAGAGCAAAGCGCAAUCGUACUGUGACCACAUCAACACGGCCUAUACGUCAACUACCCGGCCGUCGCCUUACUAUCACCCGACGUUUACGCAGGCUGUGACUGACUUGAAUGCAUUUUUGUCCCAAACCCCACAAGCAGGGUCUGCUGGUCUGCUCUCCAAGGGUGCCAUGAACAAGGUUUCGUCCGGGGCGGCCAGCUGGUUCACCAAGUUCGUAUCCGGCGACGACGAUCAAGACUCCAACGGCUCAGGCCCGGGUGCUGGAAGCGAGGAUAUGAUGAGUGGUCCAUUCGGUAGGGUCAACGGAGACUCCGGCCAGAUCAGUCGCUCUGGCUCUGUACAAGAUCUCUACAACCCGAUGGUCGGCGGUGGCAUGCCAUAUGGUGCGGGUGCACCGGUGACUACUCCACCCCAGCAAUUCGCGCCAUCAUCUGCUCCAAGCAAGUAUGCUCCUGGUGCAGUUGGCAACAAGUACGCUCCAAUGGCCACUGGUGGGUUCGGCGCUACCCAGCGCCCAGCCUCGCCCCAACGGCCAGCGUCAGCAUCAGCACGCAACUACGCACCAGCGGCAGCAGCUGUCCAGCCUCUUGCAGUCCCAAGGCCCGAAGCAGGUAGGGCAGCGUCGGAUUACAGCAUACCUUAUAUGUCAGACUCAAGACGUGGAUCUGCACAGUUCUCUUCGGGAAGCUACGAGCCUCGGCCCGUGCUUGCUGAAGAGCCGUCUGCAUAUGGUUAUCAACCAUCGAUCCCUGAGCAACCGCAAAUGCCAGUUGGGGAUGAGCAAGAUGCAUUCGCCAGACCGAAUGGUUUCGGCGCACACGAGGAGCCAAUUCCUGAUGCUGAGGGUGGUGGAUAUCAGCCGUCAAUGGGAGGAUACGAACCACCCAGCGGUGGAUACGAACCACCAUCCUACCAGCCAUAUCAGCCUGAACCGGAAGCUGAUGAUGACGUAUCUACAAAGCCAAAGAGAAGAGGCAUGAUGGAUGACGAUGACGAUGACGAACUUUCAAAGCAAGCCGCGGCUAUGAAGAAGGCAGCAGCAGAUCGCGAGGCCGACGAUGCCUUUAAGAAGGCGGCAGAAGCGGAUGCUGCUCGCGACAAGGCUAAAGCCGGGAACAAGAAAGGCUGGCUCGGAGGAUGGUUCGGUGGCAAGAAGGAUGAGGGCAUGCCGACGGUCCACAAAGCCAAACUCGGCGAGGAGAACUCGUUUUAUUAUGACGAGAACCUCAAGAAGUGGGUCAACAAGAAGGGAGGUGCCGAGGCCGCGACACCGGCUGCUUCAACACCACCGCCUCCAAGAGGAGGUCCUCCAGGCAGAGCUGUCAGCGGGAUGGGACCACCCUCAGGACCCCCUUCUAGAGUUGGUAGUCAAAGCGGGAUCGUUGCGCCUCCCAUGGGUGCCCGGCCACCGCCAUCAGGAAUUGGCUCUCCAUCGAUGGGACCUCCUUCAGGGCCGUACUCUCGAAGUGGCACGCCUGCCUCUGGAGAUGGACCGCCGAUGCCUGCGGCUGUCACAGUGCUGAACGGAGGCGACUCCUCAGGGCCGCCUUCAGCACCUCCCAGCCGUCCACCCACUAGCAUGAGCAACGCUAGCAGCCUUGACGACCUGUUAGGCGGGCCGCCAGGUCCCGGACAGAGGAAGGCCGGCACCGUGAAGGGGAAGAAGAAAGGCGGGAGGUACGUUGAUGUCAUGCAGUCCAAGUAA